UAUUUUAUCAUCAAUCAAACACGCUCCACCAAAGUCAAAAAACGACCAAAACCGAACCUCAAAUUUUCACAGAAGCUGAAGCAGCAGGGCACCACAUCCCAUUCCCUUCCAAAAUCCCAUCAAAAGCCAAAGUUUUCUCCUAAUGACAAAACAGUUGUAACCAAAAGAAAAUGAAGUCAUGUACCGCUACCACUACUGCUACUUCCAACCCUUUCCUUUCCUUCUUUGUGCGAGCAUGGAAUUCUGGCUCUUGUGAUUAUUCCCUGGACACUUCUCGUUUCCUUAGAGACUAUGCUGUUUGGGAAAUCAAUGCUUUUCUUUGGAUUUCUCUUAUAACCAUCACUUGUCUCCUUACUAACAAGCUUUUUCAGCUCUUCAAGUUAUGGACUCAGGCUCGCAAAAUUCCUGGCCCUCCUUGUCCUUCCUUUUAUGGCCAUUUCAAUACUGUCUCCAAACAAAGUCUCACAGAGCUCUUGUCAGAUUCUCAUGGGGACUAUGGAUCAGUUGUGAAGUUAUGGUUGGGCCCUACACAGCUUUUGGUUUCAAUAAAAGAGCCAGAACUUAUCAAAGAGAUGCUGUUGAAGGCUAAGGAUAAACUGCCGUUGACCGGAAAGGCUUUCCGUUUGGCCUUUGGACGAUCCACCCUCUUUGCUUCUUCUUUUGAUAAGGUGGAAAAGAGAAGAGAGUCAUUGGCAUCUGAAUUGAAUGGAAGAUUGAUUGAGAGAGCAAAUGUGAUCCCUACCAAGGCUGUGGAUUGUAUCAUGGAAAAAUUACACCACAUCAUGGGCAAAGGAAGUAUUGAUUGUAAGAUGGUUUCUCAGCAUAUGGCCUUCACUUUGCUUGGAGCUAUGCUCUUUGGUGACACAUUCUUGGCUUGGUCUAAGGCAACUAUUUAUGAGGAGCUCUUGAUGAGGAUUGCUAAGGAUGCUUGCUUUUGGGCCUCAUAUAGUGUUACUCCCUUUUGGGAACGAGGAUUUUGGAGGUAUCAACGAAUAUGUACAAAGUUGAAAUGCCUAACUCAAGAUCUUGUUCAACAGUGCAGUAAAAAUUACAAGCUAUACCAUGGCAUGGAUCCAGUCUCUCAUAAUGAAACUGCAAAUGCUGGAAUGGAGGCCACAGUUGGUUCAAAAUCCUAUUCUGGCAUCUUUUUGCAAGAUUUCUUUUCCCUGGAAGAGCUUAAUUGCCAUCUUAAGGCAAGAGAAGAACCUUGUGGCAAUAUUAUGGGUAUGAUGUUUCAUGGAUGCUUAACAACAGCAGGUUUGAUCAGCAAUAUGUUGGUGAGGCUUGUUACUCAUCCAGAAAUACAGCAUAAGAUUUACUCAGAGAUAAUUAUGGCACAGAAAGGUUCAGGGGAGAUAGAUCAACCUAAUGUAGAGAAGAUGCCUUUAUUGUUGGCAACUGUCUAUGAAUCUGCUCGUCUUAUGCCAGCUGGGCCUUUGCUACAGAGAUGUUCUCUAAAACAUGAUUUGAGGCUCAAGUCUGGAGUAAUUAUACCGGCUGGAGCAAUACUUGUUGUACCUGUACAGUUGGUGCAGAUGGAUGAUUCUAGUUGGGGUAAUGAUGCUGCUAAAUUUAAUCCAUAUCGUUUUCUGUCAACUACUGAAAAGACAUCCGGUUCACUGAACAAGGAUAUAUCCGUUGCAGGACCUGUUGAACUAUUGGACCAAGGACAGAGUUCAUUUGUUUUGAAUGAUCCAAAUAAGAAUCCAGCUUUUCUUCCCUUCGGUUCUGGUACACGUGCCUGCGUUUGCCAGAAGUUUGUCAUUCAAGGAAUUGCAAGAUUGUUUGCAUCCUUGCUUGAACGAUAUGAGGUGAGGCUUCAGCCAGGAUCAAAGACAAACUCAAAACCAAUGACAAAUGACACUAUUUUUCAAAAUUUUCCAAGUCCAGAAAUAGCGUUUGCGAUAAGGAAUAACUGAAAGUCUGAAGAAAGAUACACGAUGUCAUCCUAAUGUUGCUAGUAUUUUGAUUAUGUUUUCAUUGCCCAGCUUUUUGAUGGAGAAGACAUCUCGUCCUGUUUUUCCUCCGGAAUUGUUGGAGAAGCCCUUUUUACUGCUCUAUCUGUGGAUGGAAGGAUGAUGUUACAUGAGCAUAUUUCAUAAACUCAUGUUUUUUUUUUCUCAUCCCUGGCUUGUAAGUAGCUCAAAGUGCUGUAUUUGAUGCCAAGCUUUUUAGUAUUUGUUUUUGAAGCACUCUGAGCCUGUGUUUGCAGUGGAACUUGUAUUCAUGUCUUCCCCAUCUUUGGACUGCUGGGUCUUUAACUGCUGAUCAUUGUCCUCCAUAAAACUAUUUUCUUUUUCUCUUUUUCCUCCUUUAAAGGAGUCUGUGUUGUAUUAUGUUUACUCAAUGAAUAUUGUAUAAGAAUUCAAAACUUGUUAGUAUGAUAUAAAAUUAUACUCUGUAACUAUGA